AUGACCGUCAAAACCAUUUAUAUUGCAAGACAUGGCUAUAGGUCCAACUGGCUGCCAACUGGUCCUUACCCGGAACCACCAACAGGUAUUGAAAAUGAUGUUCCAUUAGCAGCCCAUGGUUUGGAGCAAGCAGAAGAACUAUGUAAAUACAUUGAGACUCUAGCAAUCAAACCGAAUGUUGCCUUCACAUCACCAUUCUAUCGUUGUUUACAGACAAUCGAACCUACAGUAAAGGCACUAAACAUAGAAUUAUACGUCGACAGAGGAUUAGGUGAAUGGUUUAAACCGGAUAGAGACGUAAUCCCCAUACCAGCAAAUAAUACACUAAUCAGCAAAUUUUUCCCUGGUCUGAUAUCUGAAGGAUGGGAAGACAGUAAAAUGCCAAGUUUGCAAGGUGAAACAGAAGAGGAUAUUUUUAAUCGAUGUAAAGAAUUCUGGCCAAUUUUUAUGAAAAAUGUAGAGAAGAAGUUUCCUAAGGUUGAAAGUAUCAUACUUGUAACUCAUGCAGCCACCAAAGCAGCUUUAGGGAUGAAUCUAUUGAAAUUUCCUAAUGCAAGAAUGGGAAUUGAUGAAAAGGGAACUAUGAUCAGAAAUGGUAGUUGUUCACUAGAUAGAUAUGAUCUGAUUAAAGAUGGUGGAAGUGAAGAUUUUUAUUCUAGUGAAUGGAAAUUAGUAAUGAAUGGAAAUACUUCAUUUUUGUCCAAAGGUGAAGAAAUGAAUUGGAAUUUCAAGAAUAGGUGGGAAGCUGGGUCAGAUGCUGAUAUAAAAUCAAGAAAACAUAACAACAUAGAGAUGUCAAAUGCUGAGGUUAAAAGUAAGCUUGAAUAG